AUUCAGCUUUUGUGUUUGUGUCAUGGUGGCAGUUUGACAAAAAAGACUCCUGGCCCCUAAUCUCACACACAGAAUAUCACCUGAGGGGAAACUCGCACACUUUGUGCAUCACACGCACACUAAACUUUUUAAUUCUCUUAUAAAAACUUUAGCAAAUUCUCUCCCCUCCUGCAGAUUUGUGGCAUUCGAUCGUGAAAGUCAAAAUUUAAAUCCAGGCGGCCUUUAAGUAACUCACAUACUCAGCAGAGAUUAGCCGCUGUAUGGAACCUCAGGGAAUCUCAUUCACAUGGAAAACCACUCCCUAAUUCUAAUUGGUGGCCAGUGUAAAUCCUCCUCUCCUUUUUAAAGCAGUUUGUCUUCCUGCUGCUUCUCUUGUUCCUCAGACCAAACCAGCGUCUCACCUCUCAGGUCACUUUGUCCCACGGACCCAGAGGGAAGCAGCGGCAGAAUCAAGGACAUUUUAAAUUGAAGAAAAUCCACGUAUGGAACUUGUUUUUUCCAGGAAUCAGAAGAACUUAGUUUAGUUUGCAGUCAGUGGUUCUGGAAUCUCACUGUCUGCUGUUAGUGGUGUUUACUGAUCAGUCAUCAUGGCCUCGGCUCUGGUUCCCAGAUUAGUGUUUUCCAUCGAUCGGAUUCUGGGUUCGGAGCUGGAAAGACCGGGAAACUGCCGGAAGCUCCACAGACCGUGGGCAGAGGUUGGAGCAGAGAAGGAGAACAGAGGAAACAGCCUCGGCUCCAAACAUCAACACUGUUACACACAACAACAACAACAACAACAACAGAUGAACUCUCACAGGUCGACAUCCAACUGGUACGUCGGACGCAGACCACGCACUGCCUUCACCAGCGGCCAGGUGAAUGUCCUGGAGACAGUGUUUCAGGUGAACUGUUACCCAGGCAUCCAGCUGAGGGAGCAGCUGGCAGUGAGACUCAACCUGGAAGAGGACCGAAUACAGAUCUGGUUUCAGAACCGACGAGCCAAGAUGAGGCGUUCACUCAGAGAAACCCGUCUGCGGCUGGUCCAGACGGCCGUGGCCGACCUCGAGGUCAGCCACCAGGUCGAAGGUCAACUGAAGGUCAAAUGUGACGCAGGAGAGGGUGACCUGGAGCGACUCGCCUCUCAUCUCUGA